CUGAAUUUUGAUUAUUUCAAUUUUGUAAUUUAUUUACUUCGCUAAUUACUUUAUUUUCUAGCGAAGAGCUGAUUAUAAUUCGAAGAAAUGCGAAGAAAUGGGAGAGCUUCGAGUGUGUACUUUAGGUUCAGAAGCAUUCUAGGACAAUAGAGACUUUUGUUGGAAAGGAAUUCCAUCAAGAUGACACACUGAAUUUUGCUCCGAUAGAUUUUGAAUAUUUGAAUUAUCGCAGUUAGAUUCUGUAACACGCAUACUUGCAAAGUAAGCAAUAUCUUCCUCUCUGAUAAAAUGAUUCCGGCGCAUAAGAAAGUCCAACAGUCCAAUAUUUCAUCGAAGAAAAUACAAGUAUCAUUCGUCGUUCGAGAUGAGCACGAACCGAAACAUCGAGCAGGUGUUAAUUCGCUUCAAUACGAUCCAAACUUAGAACGAUUAUUUUCGGCCGGACGUGACAGUAUUAUCAGAACAUGGGAUUGUAGAAAUAUUAACAAACCUUACAUACAAUCUUUAGAACAUCAUACAGACUGGGUUAACGAUAUAAUAUUAUGCUGUAAUGGAAAAAAUCUGAUCUCUGCCAGUUCCGAUACUACGGUGAAAGUAUGGAACGCCCAUAAAGGUUUUUGUAUGUCAACAUUGAGAACUCACAAAGAUUACGUUCGGGCUCUUGCUUACGCCAAAGAUCAAGAAAAAGUCGCCUCCGCCGGCUUAGAUAAAGCUAUUUUCCUAUGGGAUAUUAAUACUUUAACCGCCUUGACGGCCAGUAAUAAUACUGUUACUACUUCAUCUCUGCCCGGCAGUAAAAAUUCCAUUUAUAGUUUAGCCAUGAAUUCAAUGGGUACUGUAAUCGUUGGAGGCAGUACAGAGAAAGUACUCAGAGUUUGGGAUCCUCGAAAUUGUCAAAAAAUAAUGAAAUUAAUAGGUCAUACAGAUAAUGUAAAAGCAUUAAUACUGAAUCGCGACGGUACCCAGUGCCUAUCCGGUAGUUCAGACGGUACAAUAAAACUGUGGUCUUUAGGACAGCAACAGUGCAUGGUUACCAUUAGAAUACAUAAAGAAGGCGUUUGGGCAUUAGCGGCUACUGAAAACUUCUCUCAUGUCAUUUCCGGUGGAAGAGAUCGUCGAAUUUUCAAAACAGAUUUGAAAAAUACCUCGAAUACCACCCUGAUUGCCGAAGAAAGUCAUCCAGUACUGAAAAUUUGCCCUGUGCCAGAUUUUUCUGGUAUUUGGGUAGCCACCGAUGAAUCCAGCAUUAAUUUUUGGUCCCUUAACGAUAGAUCAAAUCCCGAUGACAUGGACGGCGAUUACGAUAUCGGCGUUGAAACUGAACCCAAGAUGACUAUCGAAGGAGCUCCAGCGAUUAAAAAAUAUCACGUGCUUAAUGAUAAAAGACACAUAUUAACUCAAGAUUCCUCUGGAAGUGUUAGUCUUUACGAUGUGCUUCAGAUUAAAAAAAUUGAAGAAUUAGGUGAAGUAGAUUUCGAAGAACAAGUAAAGGAGAGAUUUAAAAUGAUACAUGUUCCGAACUGGUUUAAUAUCGAUCUGAAGACCGGUUUCUUGACCAUACAUUUGGGACAGGAAGAAAACGAUUGUUUUUCUGCUUGGGUAGCCGGAAAAGACGUCGACAUAGUCAAUCCCCCUGAUCAGAAAGUCAAUUACGGUUGUCUACUUUUGAAAGCUUUGCUGGAGCACUGGAAAUUUACGUUAUUAGAAGAAGAAAAUGAAGAAUUAUCCAAAGAUCAAAAUAACGGUUCACCGCCUUCCUUAGUUUUAGGCGAAUUACAAGUACCUCAACAUACUCCUAUUAUAUUUACCGAAGUUGGUAAUAGAACACUUUACCGAGUAACCGUCAAAGACUGCGCUGGCCAAACUGAAACUCAUAUUUUGAACGAAACCGUACCCGAUUGGGUUAGAGAAGUAUUAAUUAUGAAGAAGCAGCCCAAGUUUAUCAAAAUAUCGUUCUAUCUCUUACCACCGAAUGAAUUCAUGUCGAAGAACACCAAACGGGAAAGAUUAGUUGCAAAUGAUUUCAUCCAAGUUCAUAAAAUCAUCGAACACGUUUACGAAAAAUUCUGCGGUUCGGAUUGUUCUCCUGCGGCCAAUAUGACCGGUGGGAGCGGCGCUGCGACAAAUGUCGAAAGAACUACGAAUGCCAUGAGUCAGGAGAGUCAAGCUUCGUUUUUAGAUUCUAUCGAAAUCGUUUGCAAUGAUCAGGUUUUAGAUCCCAGUAUGGAACUUAGAACAGUCAAGUAUCACAUAUGGAAAUCAUCUUCCGAUUUAACCCUUCAUUACAGAGGCAACAAAGGCAGCUUGAGUUUCUUACAGAAGAAUUAGUUUUAUCGCGUAGAUUGUUCCAAAAUACAUUCCCAGAGUUGAAAUAUCUCUCUGUACAUGAAAAACGACUGCUUCUGUUGCCGAAAGAAUCAAAUCGAAGGCUGUUGGUGUUCUCUUUAAACCAAAGACGAAGAAGGCGUGAAGAAUUAUAGUAGCCUUAUUACCUUUCUGAUGGCUAAUGAACGGUUUAUAGAUGGGAAAAUGGUUACCAUUUGUGAUACACAUGAAAUAAGAAAGCACCAUCUGUCAUCUUUGCCGAUGGCUUUUACCCAGAAAAUGGUGUUUCGUUCGAUUAUUGUUCGAAUUGUAUUUAUUUAAUUAAUUAAUAUGUAUGGAAAAUUCGUUGACGACUUUUUUUAUGUUUAAAAACAUUCGUUCGUUGUACAUUUACAUUAUACGUUAUUUUUUUUAAAAAUAUUUCUCGAUCCGUGUUCAGACUUUAUUCGUCUCCCUCCCACCAUAGCACUGCGCUCUCCCUCUACUUUAAUGUUAUUUUGCGAUUCUAGUUUUUAGUUUUAUAAUUUCGUCUAUUUCGUUCUUUUUUUCUUUUCUUUUUUUUUUCAUUUGUAAUUUGACAGAUUACCGUUGUUUACAUACUAAUUUAUAAAACCUUUGAAUGAUUCGUUGUUUUUUUUUAUCGUAUAUGUAUUUGUGUUAUAUUUGUGUAAAAACGAUCCUAUUUCAUUAAUAUAAAUGUGUUUAUUUUUCA